ACAACAUGGCGGGUGAUCGAAAAAGCGAGCAAGAACGUUUCGAAGAAGAAAUAGAUUUAGAGGUUACCUUCAAUGAGUUCGACGAUGAAUUUUCAGAGUAUAGUGAGAGAAAAUUAGACGAAACUGAGGAAAACGGCCGAAAAGACUCAAAACAAGGGGAAUAUCCAAACAACAUAUUUUUUAACGACGCUUGUAAUCUUCAAAAUGAAACUGUCAAAACACAUAGCGUUACAAAUGGAAACCACGCCGAAGAUGUGCUAAAUAUGGGAAGGUCAGAAGAAGGCGAAGUUUUUAGUUCGAGUGAAGACGAAGGUGGAGAGAAAAUGGAUUUUGAUGAGGAACUAGACAAUGACCUGAAAGCAGUCACUACGGCGAAUUUCACGUCUGGUGGAAGUAACAUCCAAGGAACACUUGAAACAACCACUUUUAAGUUUUUACCUCCUGAUUCAGGUGAAGGAGAGGGAAGUAAAAUAGAAACUGCAUCGCAAGAGUUAAUAAAAGAUACGGUUAGGAGUGUUGAUGUAACAGAGAGAGAAAUACUUUCAAUGGAAUCUGAUAAUUCAGUGGAUGAUCAGAGUUGGAAGAGACAUAAACGGGCCAGAUUGGAACUGGAAAGCCAAGAGAAUUCUGUGGAGAGGAAAAGAGAGGGAAAAGAUGGUGAACGAAUGAAAAGAAGAGGAGGUAAAAAGAAACGGAAAAGACCUGUUGGUAACCAUUAUGAUGGAGGACGACAUCAUAGAAGCGAUACCCAGGAGGACCCAAAGUUAGGAAAUCUGUUUAAGCCCUUAAAAGUUACUGCAGAAGAUUCUGAAGAGGUUGUUGCUAAAGAAAUAGCAUGGAAACUAAAUGAAACAAAAACAAAUCUCAUUCAGCGAGUUGUCAGUUGCAUUGGUUGUGAAAAAGCACUCAAGCUGUUUAGAGACACAAAAGAGGUUCAACUGCAUGGAGGGAUGUGGACAAAGGACAAUCAGCGAAGGGAAAUUGAAGGGAACUUUUCCCAGGAAGGGGCAUAGUAGAGACACUUUCCUGUGAAGGGACAAUGUAAGGACACUUUUUCAUGAAGGGACACUUGUCCAUGAAGGGACAUUGUAGGGACACUUUUCCAGGAAGGGACAUUACAGGGACUCUUUUUUAAUUUUUUCUAAAUUAGUGUCAGUUUUUGUUCUGUAGUUUGUUUUCAGUUGGAAGAAACAACAGUUUCAUCAUUACACAUGUAGUUAAUUAUAUCAGCCAACCCUUAAACUCCCAUGAGCAACCAAGACAGAAUUUCUCCUCACAAUAUCAAUACAAAAUCAAGCAGACAAGUGAUGAGAAUGAAGAAAAAUAUUGAUUAGAUGAUUAUUAGUUUUUCCUAUACUUAAUUAUCCUAACUAACAUCAUUAGAACAGACACUGAGGAUGUGAUCUUUGGAGUGAUGGGGUUAAACCCAAGUCUUGUGUUGAAAUCUGUUCUCAAAGGAAUGUGGUAAAAAAUCUGGUAACUCCGCAACU